GUUUUUGAAGUGUGUGUUACCCUUUCUUGUUUACCUAUAAGUCAGGGUUUUGUAACGUUAUCAGAUUCUCAAUCUAAAAACUUCCAGUUGUUCCUGUAAUAUUGCCUUAUUUCCUCUCCUGUACUAUUGUGGUGUUUGAACGGUUACUUUCAUUAUUGCAUUUUAGUGUAACCUAGUUAUUUAUUGAGUCGAUCAAGUAAAUUGGCUUCUUUUUUUCCUUAUUUCAGAAUUCUUCAUACACACUAGUCUGUACAUGUCUCCAGCACAAAAUCUUCGUUAGAGUUAUAAAUCCAUUAGUCUUAACUUGAUAUUUCGUGUUGGAGUCGGAACCUGGCGUAUCCAAGGUCAAGCGGACGUUCCUUACGCCUCAGCCUUCCCACCCUUGGCAGCUUACUAGCCAGCGAUCGAACUUCCUGGCUCAGUUGUAAAAAAAGAAUGUUUACGGGCUGAGGUUUCAUGUGACGUAAUAUCUAUAUCGCCUCGCAUAUUCAGUCCAUGUAGGGCUUGCUCGUCCUUGUAUGCAUCCUCCCUUCCAUCAAAAGCUCAUUCUAAUCAUCACUAUAUUGACUAAACUACAAUGAAUCUUCCAUGUGUAUUAUAUGUAAACCCAUCGAAAUUGUUCUCAUGUUUUCGUCUCCGUUUCGUACGACAUCUGUCUUAUAUUAAAUCGGCGACAAUCGAUAACGAGGUACAUAUUUUAACGUUGAAUAAUCCUACGAGUGCUAAUUCACUUUCUUUGCCGUUGAUGAAAGAACUUCUCAUGGUUUUGGAUUCGAUCAAGUUGUCGCAGAAUAUUAAAGCUUUAGUGAUUACUGGUGAAGGAGGAUUUUUUUCUUCUGGACAUAAUCUUCACGAGGUUAUCAAAUUUUCUGAUACAAACUCUAAAAAAGUCUUUUCAACAGCAUCAGAGAUUAUGGAGAAAUUAACUGAAUUUCCUAUACCAUCGAUAGCAUCUGUAAAUGGUCCUGCUGUCGCUGGAGGUUGUCAGUUAGUUGCAGCUUGUGACUUGGCAAUAUCAGCCAAAUCUGCGAUAUUUUCAGCCAGUAGUAUUAAACUAGGAUUAUUCUGUAGUACACCUGGUGUAUCAUUAGUUCGAGCGAUCGGGUUACGAGCUGCUAAUGAACUACUUUUAACAGGCAAAGCUAUCAGUGCUGAUAGAGCCUACGAAUUGGGUCUUGUUCAUCGUGUAGUUGAAGAUGACAAACUAUAUGAAGCGUCUAUUGAAUUCGCCAAAGAAAUUACUCAACAUAAUAAAGAUGUUGUACAGUUAGGUCGAGAAACUCUUCACAAACAAGCUUCUAUGUCAUUAAUGGAUGCUUAUGCAAUAGCUUCAGAUGCGAUGGUAAAAAAUUUACAAUUCAGUGAUACCAAACAACGCAUUCAAUCAUUUUUAAAUCGGAAGAAAUAAAUAAAUAGAUCCAUGUAAUUAAGAUUCUUAUGUUGAUACUUAUUUUUUGUUUGAUUGUAUAUGUACCCAUGCACGCACACACACGCUCGCCCAAAUGUAUACUAUAACCUGUACACAUCAGAUAAUUUGUUUUGUUUUUUGUUUUUUAGAAAAAAACUUCAUAUUCAUUUUUCUUCUUACGUCGUUUUUCAGUAUCAUUUUAUUUUUCUGUUGAAAUGAGAGAAAAAAAUAUGGAGAAUUAGCUUAAUUUUGAGUUCUGUCAAUGUGUUCUCUUCUAAUUAUUUCGUUUACUUGAAUGAUUUUACUGUAUGCUUGUUUGUCUGAAUUGUUAUGGAUUACAUUGAUAGUAUGUAAUGUGAGAAAGCUUGGGAGUUUAGAAAAAAAUUCAUUUUUUUAAAUCGUGUGUUAGUUAGUAAUUGAGUAUAGUAGUUGAACUGUUAUAUUUGGUCGUCGCUGAUUGCUGUGCCGGAAAAACGCUCAUCAUUUAUACUCGGAACGAGGGACCUCGGCAAUUCCCAUGAUGCGAAAGUAAGAACACAAGACUGGUAUAGGUGAAGAUUUAUUAGACCCAAACACUAUGACGACGACAACGAACGAAUGUAGUCUAAAAUACACUGGUUUAUAUAUUGAUUGUACACCCAUUUUGAUUAAUAAUUAGGAUGAAAUCACAUAUAUAACAAAUCACAUAUUGAGCAUAGUUCAUGUCAAUCGAAUACAAGAAUAUUGUAUAUUAUACAGAGGAAAAUAUCAUACUGGGAAAACAAUCAAAUACUACACUGAAUGAUCAACACGUUGAAUCAAAACGGAUGUAAUGCUGAAUAAAACUCAUAAUGAGUAAAUCAAUCGAAAAUUGACUUUUCUUUCUAUCAUGAACCUUAUAAUUUCGAAUGCAAAUUUCGGAUUACAACGCUAAUCACUUCAAAAGGGUUUUUUUAAAAAUCGCAGUUUUUAUCUUUGAGAAACGCGGGAACCCUUGAAUCUGACACAUUUAAACUCAUGUCCUAAAUGGCUGGUUUUCAAAGAUACCUUAAAAAAAAUGAUAGGAAUACUUACUUUAUUUUGUCUGUAUUGUCGUCCAUCAGUGUUAACAAACCAUUGUCUUUUCAGUAGUUUGGAUUUAGGUCAUGGAUCAAUGAGAGCAUAAUACAGGUUCUAUUGAAGAGUAUUUGCAUACAUUCACUGUUCGGUUGAUAUUUUGAUUUACAUAACAAAUAUGAAAGGCAAACAGGAUUGUUUAAUGACACUGUUUAACUUAUCACUGUGUACAUUGAUGUGACUUAGAAAUCUUGGAUGUUGUCUAGACCAACUAAACUAUAUACUGGAAUUAUGUCUAUUGUUACCCAUCUAUAGCAACACAUGACCGAUUUCGGAUUCAUUGCUUUUAAGCUACACAACCCUUAGUCAUUUUAGUCACUGACUUCUGUUUUGCUUAAAACUUCGACGAAAAUAUCUGUUGUUCAUACACCGCUCAAACAGACUAAUGAUUAUUUUCUGGUAUAUAAAUAUACAUUGUCCGUAGUUCAACCUGAAAUCUGGAUUUAGCCCAUUGGUUGUAUCGGAAGCUUCCUUGGCUCUAAAUAAUCGGUAGGGAGAUGCUCUUAAACUUCUCAUAUCAUCUUAACAAGCUACUCUAUGUAAUGGCAAUGUUAUCGAGUUCAACACCAAUGUUCAAGUAUUACAGUUUGUAAAGCUAGAUAUUGUUUACUUAUCAGACUCAAAACGAUUUAGAAUUUCCAUCACUUUCAAAAUGGAAAAAAAUUCACAAGGUAAAAAUAAUCCAAUUACAAAAAAUGAAACAGUUGCUGACAUAUCAAAUUCCUCAGUUGAUGAUAAUUCACUAAUUAGUCGAGCAACUAAAGCUGUUCGUGAUUAUCUGGAAUAUGACUUUGAAUGUCUUGUUUCCGAUGUCAAUAUAUUAACACGUAUGAAUCAAGCUUCAAGCGAACGUUACAUGGAAUUAACUACAAAUACAAAUGAUAUGACAAGAAAAUUAAUUGAUGUGAACAACCGUUUUGCUUCAUUAAGUGAUGCCCUGAAAAAAAUUGAUCAGUUCGAUAAGGAUAUAGAACAGUUGGAGAAAAAAGCGUUUGAAAUUGAAACUUUAACCAAACAACUAGAAAAUCGUUACAAUAAAUUGGAAACUGAACACAAUCAUUGAAUGACUGUUAGAGGGGAUCUACAGCUAUUCAUUUUGUACACAUACUUGAUUAUGUAUAUGUAUGUAUAUUUUUACAAUCCUUAAAGCAAUACCAAUUUUCACUUCACAUUCUUUUAUUAUCUAAGAUUAUCCAUUCCUCUUCAGUGUUCCACAAAAGUACAUUUUCGAGCAUUUUCCCAUUCUAUUAGUGAAUGAGUGCUCCAUACGACAGUACGCCACUGUAGUGGAUCUCAACUUUCCAGAUGAAAAAAAGAAAUGAAAGAAAAGUUAGAGCUUUUGAUGAAAUAUUCAGUGAAAAUUAUGAUUUUAUAUAUAGCAAUUACAUAAUAAAUGAACAGAAAAUUACCCAAAAAUCCUUGAUACAGUCCAAAUAUUGACCAUUGAAAAAUAGAUUCGCUACAAAUUCACAAUGACAUAUCCUAUCGCUUUUUUUUCUACAUUAAUUUUAAUAACAUGUUUUCGAUGUCUUGUUUUUUUUACAUUGAAACGGAAAUAUUUUUUAAUUGUAAUAAUAAUAAUACUAUGUAAUUUAACUUUGUUUCGUUUUUCUCAAGAAAUAUAUUUGUUUUCAUCUUUUAGUCCUUUAAAUUUCUGUUUCUAAGUGGCUUUAGAAAGAGAACUUAGAGCCAGCGGCUGCCCUGACAUGCGAUUUUUUGUGGUGUAGGAGUAAGUUGGAAGAAAGCUAGGGGCAGCCAGACUAAAAUAUGGUACAAGUCCAUGAAGUCACUGACAAGUGAACUAAGCCAUGUUGGUAGGUGUAGACUACCUGGUUGGGGACCCCGAGAGGAUAGCAACCGAUGGUUAGAGACCCUGAAUGACAUGGCUCGAAAUCGUUUUGCAAUGGCGGAGGUGCAUCCACUCUUUGUAUUCUCCCAAAUUCUAAUCUUCUGAAUUCUAUGUGUCCCUUUUCUUUUUCUCUUUCCAAAUUUAUUUCACUUUAUUAUACUCCUUGAAUAACAUCUCCAAACCCUAAUCUUUCCGAUUACUGCUUAUACUUUUACUACCUCUACCACUAUGGGAUUUGAAUAGACAACUGCAUGUCUGUGCUAAUGUGGUAUGGCAACUCGAACUGAUGUACGUACGUACGAAGUUCUACGUUGUUACUGACUGACUAAGUGGCUUUGCAACUCAAUUAUUUUAAUUAAAUUUCACUGAAAUAGUCAACUAAAUAACCACAUUCAAAAUGGUUUACUAACGAGAAUCUUUUGUCAUGAUUUCAUCUAUUUUAUCAUUGUUAUUAUUUGUUUGAACGUAGUUCUCAAUAGUUUCCUAAACGCU